AUGAAUUACUUGUUAUCAAAGUUCAUUGAUGCCAAUCCAUCGAGUGACUUUGUGUAUGGUUCAACACCGGAUCGACAGCAAAAUGGAGGAGGUGGAGGAGGAUCGAGUAGUAGUAAUGGAGGACAUAGUAAUGGUGGAUCACCAAAACUGUUGACUGGAAGUGGCGGUAUCGCCAGCAAAGAUGGUACGAUAAAGAAGAUAAAGUACAAAAACUGGUGUGCCAAUGUAGAACGAAAGUGCCACUCGAUCGUCAUUGCUCUGCCUUCACUCGACUCGCUGUCAUCGUCAGACGACAAGAAAAAGGAAAAGGCCUGUGGAUCACUGGUCAAAGUGACCGGAUUACUUGGAGAACUUGGCACUCUACUGGACAUUGUAACAUAUAGACCAUCCAACAAGGGCGCCGCACCCAUAGACGGGGCACAAGCCUCACAAAACAAUACCGAUCAACUUUUAUCGACGUCACCACCAUCUUCAUCCUCUUCCUCUUGUACAGUACCACCACUUCCAACCAAACAAAAUAGUAAUUCCAAUCUACAUAGUCUUGCCUCUGCAUCAUCAUCAUCAUCGGAUGGCAAGGAUUCAACAAGUUCUGCGGCACCACCACUUCCUCUACUCCCAACCAAAGAUAGAGAAUCUAGUAUUGGACGUGGUGGUAGAACCAUGGGUGACAGUUCAUUAGGUGGUAGUAGCCAAAGUGAAAAUAACAGUAGUAGCAGUGGAAAGGAAUCCAAAUCAACUACUCGUGCUGUAGCAACAUCGUGUCGUGACUCUAUGCUUGGUAUUUGGGGUGCACUUGUUCCAUUUGUCGAAAAAUUCUAUACCAUUGACAAGGAUCUUUCGGCCUUUUACAAUGUUAUUCUACAGAUUUCAAGACGAAAAGAAUUUGAUACACUCAUGUCUCCAGCGUUUGAUCCUCUCACCUUUAAACCUUGGUCCAACGAUGUUAUUUUAAAAUAUCGUACCAAAUUGUAUAAAACAUUUUCAUUUGUUGGAAUGGCAAUCUCUACCACUCCAUUUUUAAGUGUAGCAUUAACUCAAUUUUGUUCAAAGUUUAUUGCAACCGCAUUUUUUAGAAUACCAAAAGUUGCCAAGGUAAUAUUAGAAGCUUUAGUACCACCAGAAACUGAAAUCACUGAUAUUAUAUCAUAUUAUCCAUGUCCUCAAAUUUUAAAACAUUUAAAUGUAGUUGGAGAAAGACCAGAUAAAUCACCAUUCCAUCCACUUUUAAUGCAAUUUGAUAAUAUUGAAAAAGAAUUGGAUAUUGUUCCUCAUGGAUGGAUUGAUAAUUUAGCAAGAAAAGAGAAUUUAUUUUUUAUAUUUUUAAGAGAAUGGGUAGGAAUUUGUAAAUAUGUAAUGGGAGACAAUGUAGAUAUGAAGAUUAUUCCAGGGUUCUUUACGUUGACCUAUGCAUUACUUCAUGAGAUCAAGACUAGAGACCAAGUGGUUCCUCCACAAUUCAAGACGACACCAGCUUUGGAAGCUCACUUUGCACUCUUGUCGGUCAGUCACAACGAUACGGCCAUGCUCGACAGUUUUAUUAAAAUCAUAUUCCUCAAGACAUGUGUAUUUGAUUUGGUGUUGGUAGCAUCGACACUUGGUAUAGUAGAGGCUUGGAUAAAAGAGUACGGUGUGCUCCCCGAUACCUUUGACAUUGACUUUUUCUGUGCCGGGGUAGACAGUAUCAUCGCCGCCGACCACCACCAAGUCGUCAUUCGUCUUCUCAACCUCAUCUACAACACAUCUGACUGUUUCCAAGGAAGUAUGCGUCAAGUCCUCUUUAGAGAUUUACUUUUACACAAAUACUUUUAUCAUUUGUUCCUUCAUUGGGAUCAACCUGUUAGAAAUGCUUAUCAUCAUAUUUUAUUAUAUAGAAUGGUUAGAAUUAAAAGAUCAUCAUUACAUCAAUCAGGAUUUUCAAUUGGUGAAUUUAGUAAAUUGACACAUAAUAAUACUGCUACGACCAAAUAUUCAUUGUCUCCGACCAAGUACCCAGACAAGGAUGAAAAGAAUAAUGAUCACAGCUACAAUUCAUCGAGUCGAUUAGCAUCUUCUACGGCAUCGAUCAAACAACCAAAAUCACCUCGUAGCGUUGGAUCCCCUUCAUCGUCACUGUCAACAUCACCUCAACCACAAUCACCUUUAUCCUCAAGUGGAACCAAAAAGAUUCCACCACCAGUCCCACCAAGAAGCAAUUUAAAUUCAUCCUCCAAUAGUAAUAGUAGUAGUAAUAAUAAUAAUAAUCAUCAAUUGUCGAUUCCAACAAUAGAAGAACCAACUGAUAUCAAUGGAGGAUCUACUAGUCCACUUAAAAAUAGUUAUGGUGAUGAUGCAGAACCAUGUUCGCCACGUCUUGCACCAGAAACAUUUGAAAAGUACAACAAGGAGUUUUCUAUUGAUUUGGAAUUGUUUAUGGAGAUUGAAAUCUAUCAGAAAAAGGUGACUGAUCAAUUCCGUCAACCAGAACUCCGUUUCCACGAUCCAAAAUUAUCAAAUUAUGUAGCUGCUUCACUCUCUGAAUUCAAGACCUACAUUGCCAUUGGCAACCAAGCAAAUGCAACUCCACCAAAGAUUAUCCCACUCAUGUACCAAGGUCCGACUCAACUCAAUUUAAAUAAAGUAAAAAUGAUUUGA